AAAAAAAAAAUUUAUCAUUAUUAUUAUUAUUCAAUUAUUCCAUUCUCUAUGGACCCACAGGAUCCAAAUUCUUUUCGACAUAGGUUUUCAUUUGUCAAUGGCAUAAUUUAUCAUUAUGUUGACCAAGGAGAGGGACAUGACAAUGCUAUUAUCCUCUGUCAUGGUUUCCCUGAUUUGUGGUAUGGAUGGCGUUAUCAAAUUCCUUUUUUGGUAUCUAAGGGUUAUAGAGUGAUCGCACCGGACCUCCGAGGCUUUGGACAAACUGAAUCUCCUCAUUGUCCACCAAAUGAUAUACAUCAAUAUGGUUUCAAGAAUAUCUGUAAAGAUUUAUCUGAACUUAUGAAUCAGUUAAAUCUAAAAAAAGCAAUUUUCAUGGGCCAUGAUUGGGGUGGAGUUGUCGUUUGGCGAAUGUGUAUCCAUUAUCCAGAAAAAGUUCAUGCUGUUAUCAGUUUAAAUAUCCCAUAUAUUCCUCCAAAUGAACAUUACCUUAAUAUUGAAUCUAUUGCAGAACUUUUACCAAAUUUACAAUAUCAAGUUUAUUUUACCCAUCCCAAAGCUGAAAUAGAAUUAGAUAAAAAUCUGGAAUUAUUGUUUAAAGCUCUUUUUCGAUCUUCUAAGAAAGAAGAUCGCAUCAAAGUAUUCGAUGGUAAUUCAAUGCUUGGAAAUGUUCCUAGUAAUCUGGAAAAAAGUCCAAUGAUUACAAAUAAGGAACUGGAUUAUUAUGUCUCCCAGUAUAAAGCUAGAGGAUUUCACGGAGGGCUAAAUUUUUAUAAAACCAGAAAAGUGAAUUUUCAAGAUGAGAAAGGUGCUAGAAAACAAAUUCUUCAUCCCGCUCUUAUGGUUAAAGCUGAUGAAGACACCCUCACUCCUUCUCUUAUGGUGAUUAGUAAUAUGGAAAAGUAUUGUAAAGACUUGACAGUAGUAAAUAUUACUAAUUGUUCUCAUUGGGUUAUGAUUGAACAAACUCAAAAACUUCAUGAGAUUAUUGGACCAUUUCUGGAUAAUAUAUCACAAAAGAUAAAUGCUGAAAAGACAUUUAAAGCUAAAUUUUAAUAGAUUAGUAGAAAUGUUAUUUAGUCUAUACGAUGAGAUGAAGAUUAAAUAGAUUAAAUGAUUGAAGUACAUUGGUUAACUUUUAAUUACCGACAUUCAAUAUAUAAACAUCGAUUAAGGUUGUUGCCAUCGUUUUUUAUUUAAUAUAGUAUAUUUAUUAAAUUUUUGUGAUUUUAUUGUAAUUUCAAGUAGUCAUUAUAUUACCCAUUGAAGAUGGGUUUUACCUUAUACUAUAUGUACAUAUAUAUUUUUUACUCAAUAUGGAUUAAAUCUAGAAAUCAUACUUUCGGAUGCGAUUUUUAAAUUUGUA